AUGGGAUUCUCAAGUCGUCUCUUGGGUUCAAUUCUUCUUGUGCUGAUUUUCUCUGUGGUUCAUGGGGAUCCUCUUGUUCCCGCACUCUGCAUAUUUGGGGAUUCUGUGGUUGAUGUUGGAAAUAAUAACAACCUAUAUACACUGGUCAAGGCAAAUUUUCUUCCUUAUGGCAGGGACUUUGUUACUCACAGACCCACUGGAAGGUUCUGCAAUGGAAAGCUUGCCACAGAUUUCACCGUUGAGUCCCUUGGGUUCACUUCAUACCCACCAGCUUACCUGAGCCAAGAUGCCAGAGGGAAGAACCUCUUGACUGGAGCCAACUUUGCCUCCUGUUCUUCCGGUUAUUAUGACAGGACAGCCCUCUUAUAUGGUGCCAUUUCAUUGCCCCAGCAGUUGAGUUAUUACAAAGAGUACCAAACGAAAGUUGUGAACAUGGUUGGAAAUUCCAAAGCCAAAUCCAUAUUCUCUGGUGCAAUCCACCUGCUGAGUGCAGGAAGCAGUGAUUUCCUUCAGAACUACUACAUCAAUCCCCUCCUCAACGGAGCCUACUCACACGAUCAAUUCUCAGAUAUCCUCCUGAGAUCGUACUCUACUUUCAUUCAGAAUCUGUACGGACUGGGAGCAAGGAGGAUUGGUGUGACGUGCCUACCCCCAACUGGGUGUUUGCCUGCGGCCAUCACACUGUUUGGCGCCGGAAGCAAUCAGUGCGUUGAAAGACUGAACCAAAACGCCAUUUCUUUCAACAAUAAGCUCAACAGCACAUCUCAAAGUUUGCAAAAUAGAUUUCCCGGUCUCAAACUCGUGGUCUUUGAUAUCUAGCCUCUGUUAGAUAUCAUCACAAAGCCCGCUGAGAAUGUGAUUUUUCCACUGGUCACGGGGUUUUUUGAAGUAAGAAAAGCUUGCUGUGGGACAGGUACAAUAGAAACCUCCCUGCUAUGCAAUGCCCAGUCUCCAGGGACAUGCGCCAAUGCUACAGGAUAUGUGUUUUGGGAUGGAUUCCAUCCGUCUGAAGCCACUAAUGAGGUCUUGUCUACUGAUCUACUUUUACAGGGAGCCGCCCUGAUCUCCUGA